UUUCUGAUUUUGUGGUUAAUGAAAAUUAUUUUAGAACCUUUUGUGUGACUAAAUUACAUAUGCACAAAUUUUAUAAAAUUAAACAUAAUUAAAAGCAAAAUAAUAUAAAAUUCAAUUAAAAAUGGCUGCAACAGAUAUGGAACUAAGAAAGGCUUUUGCCGAAAUGCAAUAUAAUAAAAUGGAAACAACGAAAAAAAUCAAAAUGAUUGAUAUGCAAUCUGAAGUUUUUAAAAAAUCAAAACAAAAAUACAUUAUAACAGAAAAAGGUACCAGUGAUUUAGGACCAGAAGCUAGGGUAUACAUGUCAAUCGGUAGAAUGUUUGUUUUAUCUGAUGUUCCGGAGAUGAAAUCUGAAUUGCAAGCAAAAGCUGAUAAAUGCGAAACUCUUAUAACGCAAUUAAAUGAAAAAAAGGAAUUUUUAUUAAGGUCGUUAAAAGAGCAAGAAGAUAGUUUAAGAGAAUUAGUCCAACAAAAACGGGAUGCUAAAUAAUAAAAUUUAAAAAUUAAAUUAUUUAUAAAAUUUUUAUAUUUUUUGCUUUAAUUUUAUGUAACAAUAAUUUAAAUAUUAAAAUUUGCAUAUGUAACAAACUCA